AUGGUCAGGGAGUGGACAGCUGCUUUGUCUGUGUCUCUGUGCAUUAAUGUCGGGCAUCCCUUCGCAGACUCUCUGAUAGAGAGGCAGAAAGAGGGAAUGAGGACGGACGGUUGCGAGGAUAUGAAUGAGAAUGUACGGGGCGGAACGGGGCGGAGGUAUGAAUGUGAAACAGAACGUGUUGCAAAAGCAGAACGUAAAACAACGCGUUUCAAAACGGAACGUGAAACAACGUGUUUCAAAGCAGAACGUGAAAAGAAUGUGAAACUUAAAGUAUAA